CCUCCCCCCCUUUUUUUUCUCCCCCCCGCGCUGAUGCCGAAGGGGGUGUUUUUGAUGUGGUUGCUUUGGUGGUGAUCGUCGCCGACUUUCCAGAGAGGGUGUUUUCGCCGCUGCCGCCGCUGCUGCUGCUUCUCUCCGCGUUGUGUGCGUGCGCGCGUGCUUUUUUUUGGGUUGCUGCAUCGACGCUGGGAAGAUGCUUCUGGAUGCUGGACCGCAGUAUCCCGCCAUAGGAGUCACUACGUUCGGAUCGUCUCGCCACCACUCCGCGGCCGAUGUCACGGACAGAGAAGUGGGGCUGGGAAUCAACCCCUUCGCCGACGGCAUGGGCGCCUUCAAACUCAACCCCGGCGGCCACGAGCUGGCCUCGGCCGGGCAGACUGCCUUCACCUCGCAGGCUCCGGGCUACGCGGCGGCGCUGGGGCACCACCACCACCCGCCCCACGUCGGCUCCUACUCCAGCGCCGCGUUCAACUCCACCCGGGACUUUCUUUUCCGCAACCGCGGCUUCGGGGAGGCCGCGGCCGCCAGCGCCCAGCACAGCCUCUUCGCCUCCGCCGCCGGCGGCUUCGGCGGCCCGCACGGACACGGCGAUGCCGCGGGACAUAUACUUUUCCCCGGGCUGCACGAGCAAGCGGCCGGCCACGCUUCGCCCAACGUGGUGAACGGGCAGAUGCGCCUGGGCUUCUCCGGAGACAUGUACGGUCGAGCCGAGCAGUACGGCCAGGUCACCAGCCCCCGCUCCGAGCACUACGCCUCGAGCCAGCUGCACGGCUACGGCCACAUGAACAUGAACAUGGCAGCGCACCACGGGGCGGGGGCCUUCUUCCGCUACAUGCGGCAGCCCAUCAAGCAGGAACUCAUCUGUAAGUGGAUUGAGCCCGAGCAGUUGGCGAACCCCAAAAAGUCCUGCAACAAAACUUUCAGCACGAUGCACGAGCUGGUGACUCAUGUCACCGUGGAGCACGUUGGAGGACCCGAGCAGUCCAAUCACAUAUGUUUCUGGGAAGAGUGCCCGCGGGAAGGGAAACCUUUCAAGGCCAAAUACAAACUCGUAAAUCACAUCCGA